AUGUCAGAUAACUGCUCAGUCCCACAUGAGGUGGUACCCAGACAGCUGGCCCCCACCAAGCCUGAGUGGGGUCCAGACGUUUUGGAGCUGGGUCUGGACAAGCACGGGCCUGUUCCACUUCUGAACGUGACAUGGAGGAUACGGUCAGAUGCAAGUAUGUUAACACUCCAGGGGUCCCAGGUGCAGAUUGUGGACCAGGACACAAAGCAAAGACUGUGUGUGCGCUUCACUUACAGCAUCGCCCAGCAGCUCACGCCAAGCUUCAGCAAGUGGACAUUCUGGUUGGAUGGCGUGGUGUUGGAUGCGGGCCACUCCUAUCUGCUGUCAGCUUUUAACUUGCCACAACCCAACGUUGGAGAGUACAGGAUCACAAAGCGCAUCACCGUCCCAGGAUGUGACGACAAGAGAAUCCAAAAGGCCCAGAUGUGUUUGGAAAAUGGUAGCAUGUGGCACCCUGCGGUCACCGCUGCUGUGUUGGGGGGAACAUAUGCCAUUGUGGUGGGAUUUGAAGCCGACAAGUAUUGUGACCUCUACCAAGUCUCUAUUGAGAAUGAGAGCGUCUAUUUAACCAAGAAUGUUUCCAAGGCCAACAACACUUCUCUGAAUGCGACGUUUGCCUUGGAUGUGUCGCAGCUCUUAAAGUGCCAGUUGACGAUAACGAUAACACCAUUUUUCAUAAGAUGCCAGAAGGAGUCUUGCCGUCCGGAGCAAAGGAUUAUCAAUCACUGCUUGUAUUAUCCACGGCGGACUGUCAUGAUUAAAAGCACACUUGUGUUGAUCAUUGUUGGCGUUUGCUUUGUCUGCCUGCUGUGGAAAGUCUCUUCGAAAGAUCCUGUCACUGCGUCGUCUUCUGCGGCGGAUGAACAUCCAGAAAGCUUUCAGGUGCCGGGAAGACGGCAAGUCCUCAUCAUCUACUCCCUCGACCACCCUCUGUACAAAACCAUCGUCCUCAAGCUCUGCGCUUUCCUCACGGCCAAAUGCGGCAUCCAGGUGGUCCUGGAUCAGCUGGAUUCCACCAGACUGGGAAUACUGGGCCGUGUUCAGUGGCUGGACUGGCAGAGGGAACAAAUGGAAAGCUCCUCAGCCAAGAUCCUCGUCCUGUGCUCGGCAGGAGUCCAAGCGAAAUGGAGAGCCAUGUGUGGGGAGAAGCCGGUGCUCCUGAAGUCCGACCAGCGCUCACCCUCAGGCGACAUGCUUACUCCAGCUCUCAGCCUCAUCGUUCCCCGUCUGGUACGCAGUGCUUCCCUGGAGAAGUACAUUGUAGCUUACUUCGAAGACAUUUCCUCUCCUGAGGACGUUCCCUCGCCUUUCAACGUCACGGUUCGAUACAAGCUUAUGAAGCAAUUCGAGGAGCUCUUCUUCCGAAUCCUGGACGCUGAGAAGCACGGCCCGGGUCGAGUUCGUCACAUUCAAGGUCUGUCGGAGGAAGAGUAUCACCGUUGCCCCUUAGGUGGAGCUCUGCAGGAAGCUAUUGAAGCUUUCAGGGAAUACCAGGUGGAUCACCCACACUGGUUUGAAGAAGAAUGGGUGGAUGACUGAGGAGAAACCACUCCUGUCAAUUCAGUGUAGCAUGCAUUGUUUUACAAACAGAUCUCAUUGUGUAAGAGAAAAUACAUGCAUUAGAUCAGUGGUUCUCAAACUGUUCUCUCCAAAUGACCGACAUUAAAAGGCAAUAGCGUAGUAGGCCUAAAUAUUCAUUAAAAACAAGGCAGA